GCAAAGCAGCAUCUACAAUUUACGUGCUUCGUGAAAAUUAGUGAUAUUUUAGUUUCUCUCCGUUUCUUACAGCCCCCGAAAAUUCACCCAACCUCUGCUUUGUUAAGAUGUCAAAAAUUCACGAAGCUCUCAAACCAAUCCAGUGGCUAAUAGGCACAUGGGAAUCGGUUAGCGCGAAAGGGAGCUUUCCGACGAUACGGGAUUUUUCCUACAACGAGGUGCUCAAAUUCGAAUCGCUGGGGCAACCGUUGCUCAUGUACGAAUCGCGCUCUAAGAAUCCCAUUUCCGGGAACCCGAUGCACCUGGAAAGUGGUUUCCUUCGCAUUAAACCCGGAACCAACGAAGUUGCGUUUAUGAUUGCCCAUAACUUCGGUUUGGUUGUGCUAGAGGAAGGAACGGCGAGCGACAAUGGACUACAGCUGGUCUCAAAAUCGGUGGACCGUAUGUCCUUUGCAAAGGACCCUGCCGUAAAGGCUACCCAGAAAACCUACCGCCUUAAUACCGAUGGAACACUGGAGAUUCAAACGGCGAUGGAAACGAGCAACACACCACUGACCAACCACCUGAUUGCGCUCUAUAAAAAGAAGGAUUAGUUCUACUGUGUUACGAUGCCCAGUCAAACCGAGGGCCAGUCAAAUGUUGGUGAAAUUGGUAUUCGGGAAAUAAAGGAUAAA